GACGAUGCAGAGCGCUCGCGCCAGCGGCCCACGUACGGCCGCGACACGCUGCAGCUGUCGGGGUCGGUCGACCGCGCGGACACGCCCAAGCGCAAGCCGCGCGAGCCGUACUCGUUCCUCAAUAAGACUCGCGCCCCGCCCAUGCUGGAGCGCGAGCGCGCGCGCGCCACCCGCCGAGACGCAGACGCAGACGCAGGCGCAGAUGGUGACCGCGGCGACCGCUCGCGCAACCCGCGCGGCCGCGACAGCGACAAGCGGCGCACCAAGCCCGACGCCUUCCACGCGCUGAAGAUGCAGCGCUCGCUGCACGAGAUCCCGUGGGCCUCGCGCAAGGCCGUCAAGGGCCAGCUGGACCACUACGACGCCUUCGACAAGUUCCCGCUGCUCGACCAAGUCCAGGCCGCCGUCAAGGACGCCCUGCCCGACCUCGAGUACCGCAACCCGACCCCCGCCCAGGCCGUCGCCAUCCCCGCCCUGCUCGGCCUGCGCAAGGAGAAGCGCACACGCGCCGCCCCCAAGCCCUCGUCCGGCCCCGACGCCUUCCUGCUCGCCGCCGAGACCGGCUCCGGCAAGACCCUCGCCUACCUGCUGCCCACCCUCGACGCCAUCAAGCGCGAGGAGCUCGACGAGCGCCUGGAGGACGAGGAGGCCGCCAAAGCCGCCGCCACCGACGCCGCCCCGCCCACCAAGCGCAACGACAUGUUCGACGCCCCCGAGCCCGGCCUCAACAAGUCUGUCGACCCCGCCCGCCCGCGCGCCAUCAUCCUCGUCCCCUCUGCCGAGCUCGUCGCCCAGGUCGGCGCCGUCGCCAAGUCGCUCUCCCACACCAUCAAAUUCCGCGCCGCCCCCAUCAGCGCCAAAAUGAGCGCCACCGUCAUCCGCAACCGCCUCUUCAGCCCCGCCGGCGUCGACGUGGUCAUCAGCACCCCGCCGCUGCUCGCCUCCAUCGCCGAAUCCACCCCCAACAUCCUCGCCCGCGUGACCCACCUGAUCUGCGACGAAGCGGACUCGCUCUUCGACCGAUCCUUCCAGCCCUCGACGCUCGCACUCCUCGAGCGCGCCACCCCAUCCCUCAAGAAACUCGUCCUGUGCUCCGCCACCAUCCCGAAAUACCUCGACAAGUACCUCAACACCAAGUUCCCGGACAUCACCCGCCUCGUGACCCCGAACCUGCACGCCAUCCCGCGCCGCGUCCAGCUCGGCGUCGUCGACGUGAACAAGGAGCCCUACCGCGGCAACAAGAACCUCGCGUGCGCCGACGCCAUCUGGCAGAUCGGCCGCGCCGCCGCCGAGUACAACGACGCGGACCCCGACGCUGGCGACGCAGACCGCGAGCGCGUGCCCACGAAGCGCAUCCUGGUCUUUGUCAACGAGCGCGAGGACACGGAGCGCGUGGCCGCGUAUCUGGCGAGCAAGGGCAUCGACGCGCUCGCGUUCCACCGCGACACGGAUCCCGUGCGGCAGGCGCGCGCGCUGGGCAGCUUCGUGGACGGGAGCGAGAGCGCGAGCUUCAAAGGCGACUCCGAGUCUUCUUCCUCCGCCGACGCCGACGCCGACGCCCACGGCUCCGCCAGCAAACCACCCCGCGCCCUGCCCAACACCAAAGUCAUCGUCACCACCGACCUCGGCUCGCGCGGCAUCGACACCGUCGCCGUGCGCCACGUGAUUCUGUACGACGUCCCGCACACCACCAUCGACUUCAUCCACCGCCUGGGCCGCACGGGGCGCAUGGGGCGCCGCGGGAGGGGCAUUGUGCUGCUGGGCGCGGGCGACCGGGCGGAUGUGGUGAGGGAGGUGCGGGAGGCUAUGUUUAGGGGGGAGGCGCUGAUUUAGGGGGCUAUUAUCUGAGAGAGAGAGAGAAAGAGAGAGAGGGGCAGGGGUGAUGAGUGUAGG